AUGUCAAGCGCAAGAAGUGGUAGGAGAGCAGAUUUCCCGAAAUCGCGAUGCCUCGGACGAUGGCUUGCACCAGCAGCGUACCAGUCAAAGCUCGCGGAUUACAAGAUUUCGGCAGACGACAAUUGGAAGGGCGGUUCUACCACCAUCGCGUCUCGUACUCGCAGCGAGGUGGAUUUAACAGUUGCAUUUCGCAUUAGUGGUUCUUGGACUCCGCAGUUCUGUAGUGGAAAUAGAGGGCCGUGGAGCGAUCUUUAUGUAUACGACGGUUGUUUACCAGCAUAA